UCUUCCCAAUAGCACCCACUAGGUCUAGCCUGUUCCUCUGUGCGAUAGUUCACUAUCGGACGCUGCUCCAAUGCCCUGGAUCAGAGCGUCUGUCUCCUCGCAGGACCCGUCCGCUCUACCCACAGUUCCCCGCGCGCAGACAAGAUGGAGGAACGCAGCAGCUGCGGGAGAACAAUGUUUGGACUCUGAACAUUAAAAGAAACGAGCGAGGGGGGAAAUACACACACACAGAGAGACAACGGUGGACAUGCACUGGAUGAGUGAGGUGGCCUUGCAUUGAAGCAGACCCCUGUUCCAGCAUCAGUGUCGGUGUGAUAACACUCAGAGCCUUGCCCCUUCAACAUGAGCCUGAUCCAGGACAAACUUGGCAAUGAGUUCCUCCGCUCCAAUGGUGGCAUGGAGGCAGGCUUCGGUCCAGGCAUGCUCAUGUUCAGCCACCUGCCCCCUGUUACUAGCUUCACCCGUCUGGCCAGUCAAACGGUUAUGGCUGACCUACAGCCCCAUGAGAUGAUCUUGAAGAAGGAGAGGGACUCGCCGGACUGUGGAGGAGGAGGGCUGACUGCUGGAGGCAUGGGUGGUGGAGGUGGCAUAGGAGGGAUGAUGGGAAGUGUGGGCGAUUACGUUCAUGCCAUGGGCAUUAAACAGGAGAAGGUUUCCGAACACGAUUACAGACUUCCUCUCUACCCGGGGGGUGGAGCAGGAGCUGGAGUACGAAGUGGAGGAGAGUUGCUGGAGGUCUCGCUGGGCAACCAUCAGAACCUGCUGGUACAUGACCUCAGUCUGGGAAAUCUGUCAGGACGGCUGGUAAAGGAAUCCUCAGGGAGGAAAGGUCGAAGGUCAAACGGUGAGGGACAGGAGGGCAAGACACGGAGAAAACGAGGAGAGUCGAAGUCAAUGAUGCUGGAUCCAGAUGGAGGGAGCUUGUCUCCAAACUCCAAACCGCACAUCUGUGAGCACUGCAAUGCAGCGUUCCGGAGCUCCUAUCAUUUACGCAGACAUGUGCUUAUACACACAGGUGAGAGGCCUUUCCGCUGCACUCAAUGUAACAUGAGCUUCAUUCAGAAAUACCUCUUGCAGAGACACGAGAAGAUCCACAGUGGAGAGAAGCCAUUCAGCUGUGACCAGUGCAACAUGCGUUUUAUUCAGAAGUAUCACAUGGAAAGACACAAGAGAACUCAUAGUGGAGAAAAGCCAUACAAGUGUGACACCUGCCAACAGUAUUUUUCCAGGACGGACCGGUUGCUGAAGCACAAGCGGACGUGUGGAGAUGCCAUAAAAAAGGGUGUGGAUGGAGCAGAGCACGAGUUGGGUGCAGCAGGUGACGGAGAACACGGCAGCUACGGAAUCUCUCAGGGAAAUGCGGCCACACCUGGCCGCAAACGGGGCAAAUCAAAAAACGCUGGCGAAGGGAGUGAGCGCAAGCGUAAGAAGUCAUCAGGGUCUUUGGGGGUGACGCAUAGUCAGGGGGCGGAUGGUUACGGGGUGCACGACAUGAACCACGAGGUCUCAUCAACGUCAUCUUCAAUCCAGCCAGGCCCCAGCAUGCAUGGCGAACACGGCCGGGCUCCGAAGAUGGCCUUCAAGAAGGGGAACAGGAAGUCCCUGGAGAAGACUACUCACCCCAUGGAUCAAUCCAAGCCAGGAGGCAUGGAGUUGCCUGUGGGAGGAGGCUUAGAAGGCCUUGGACUUCUUCCAGGUCCAGUGGCCAAAGUUGGUCCCAGCAGCAGUAACUAUGACGAUGCCAUGCAGUUUUUGAAGAAGAGGCGGUACCUCAAUGUGACAAACAAUGGUGGUGCGGGUUCCGGAGCUUCAGACUACGACAUAAGCGUCAGUCAUCUGCAGUCGCAACCGACGGUCAUUCAGGGUGUCGUUUCGGGGGUUCUAGAUGGUGAUGCCGCGCUAGGCCUGCUGGACUCGUCCCCUCUGGGAGAUAUAAAGCAGGACAAGUCUGGAAUCCCAGAUGAGGUUCUCCAGAGCUUGUUGGACCACUACGCUCCCAAGCCUGACGUGACUUUCGACAUCACCGAUCCCCAUCACGUGGAGCUCCAGCCAGCCGGCACGGAUGCCACAGACCCACUGGGACCCGAGGGCUCCCCGUCAAGUCCCAACAGUGGCGACAAAGCCGUAAUCAUGCACGAGUACUCGCGUUUUCUUCUACAGGCACUAGAGCGGACCAGUCACAACGCAAGCUUCCCAUUGGGUCCUGGUUCUGCCGUGACUACCACGGGACCAUUUCCCGGGCAUAGCCCGCUUUUGUCAGACAAGCAUGUGUAUACUUCCUCACCUCUCGAGUACUCGUUCUCACAAGCAGUCUCGUCGUCGCCCUCCCUUUCGUCAGUGCCAAAGUCUCACUUUGGUCUCCUAGAGGGCUCGUCGCCUCCAACGGGCUUCCACAUGAGCAGCCUGGAGCAGUCUGCGCACACGCAGCAGCUCACACCUUCCCAGGAGCUCACCGAACAGCUGGACAAGCAGCACACCUCCCCUCCUCCACCUCCACACACCCCCAACACCAACGCCUACCAGAUCGCACCUCAGCCUCCCGACUUGGGUGGUCCAAAAGAACCGCAAGGGCCGAAAAAUGGAGCCGCAGCCACCACUGGAGGAUUCUCCCUGGCUUCUUCCCAGGACCUGGCCAGCCUGGACCCAGCCAAGGCUUCUUAUCAGAUUGAAAACUUUGCCCAGGCUUUCGGGGCACAGUUUAAAGGGGGACGAGUGUCCCUGGCCUUCAGCAGUGACUCGGGGGGAGAGGUAAAUCACCGCUUACAGACAUCAGUCUCCGAAUUCUCAGGGUAUAGCAGUCUCUUGGCUGAUGCCAGCGACCCAGUCAGCAGUGGCUCCAAAACCCCAACAAGCCAAAGCUACAGGUGAAUGGGCUCCUGUGCCUAGAUGCUCAGAUGGAGGUUCCCUAUUUUUAUUUUGUCAUGCUGUCUUUAUUUUUAUUAUUGUUGUUGUUGUUGUCGUUGUUAUUAUUAUUAUUAUUAUUAUUAUUAAUAAUAUUGUUAUUAUUUAGUUGUCCUACUUUAAUGAAAUUGUAAUGUUUUUAAGUAAUGUUUUUCUCACUGCCAUUAUGUUCAUAUGAAAUUUCACUCUCCUUUGGCCUGCGAUGCAUUUUCCACUAUUACGUUCUUUUUUUUCUUUUUCUUUUUUUUCUUUUUUUUUUCAGUUUCCUUUGGAAAACAAGGAAACACAUCUGUUUUAUUCUCAGUAGACUUUUAGUUCUGCUCUGUUAAUCAAUAGAUGGGGGAAAUAAACAAGUGAAAAUAGUUUACUUUUUCCAAAAGUCGCUCACUCACAUUUUAGUAAUUGACUUCACAAGCAUGUCAAAAAUAACUAUGAAAUAGCAAUGGCAGGGAGUCACCCAGAACUGAAAUCGUCUGUUACAAUGAUUCAAGUAUUACUCAGGAAAAUGUGUGGUCGGCAAAUCUAUAAGAAGGGUAGCAAGCAUUCAUCGAAGAGGCAGAUGUUUUGCAAAUACAAAGAGCUUUUUCAGGAGAUAUUUUUUUUUAUUCUUCUGAAUGAGUGCAACACGUAGAAGACAGAAGCGCUGCCUGCUAAAUUACACUGACACCACUUUCCACUUAGCUGUAUAGAGAUUAUGGUACUUUUAUCUCAAUGUGAAAUGCUCACAUUCUCUUUCAGUAAGGGCCAUAUAUAUAUAAAUAUAUAUUUAUAAGAAUAUCUGUAUGUAAAAUAACAUGUACUCUUUCUUGAGACUGGCAGGUGACUUGGAGGGAGAUAAAGAGGGAUUGAGUUUGUAAAGGGAGGCCUGUGACUGACAGCACAUAACAGCCCCUUCACUCUGUCCUUCUUUUUUCCCUUGGAUUGCUAAGCCAAGGGCUAUACACUAGAGGGCGCUGCAUGCGAGCAUGUAAGUGCCUCUUGGCACAGGCCAGAUCGUGGGAUUCUUCCGUGCCUGUCUGGCUUGCUCAUCCCUUUCUCCCUCUGUCCACUCCUGCUUUACCUUCUUUGUCAGAAAGAAUCCCAUCUAGCACUUUUUUUUAACCUGUUUAUUUUACGUGGUGAAUGAAACUACCCAGGCUAAUGAUCACACAGUAUUUAAACUGUGCAACUGACACGCUGUUUUUAAAAGGGGGCAGUGGACAAAAGGGGUGGGAUUCAUUUUAGUAAGUGUAGAUUAUGUUGAAAAGACCAGUGAAUAAGGUCUUUCUAAUGGAAACUUUUAGUUUCAAUGGGAUGUGUUUGCUGGAAUUAAGGGUUGGCUUUCCUCGGGGUGGGAGCGUAGGGUGUCUUUUUUUAUAUUUUAUUUCCAGCUUCUCAUGGAUGUAGGGCAGGUUAUAGAGGGGGAUUUUUCUUGUCCAUUUUGUUUUCUGUUUUAUUUCAAAAGUAUUGGGUUUGGAAAAUGUGCUAUGUGUUAAAAUGGCCCCUGUUGUACCGAUUACCGUGUUUUUUCAGGCCUUUCACCAGAGGCAACUUGUAAAAUGUCCCGCUCUUAGUAAUUUAUAUAGUAUAGGUCCUAAACAUACUGACUUGCAGUCCAAAAGGAAUUCAGCCAACUUAUUGCAGUGUGCAUGCAGGGCAAAGUAUUACCUUGAACUACAUUUUUAUACGUUGUUUUUGUACUGUACAAGUAUUAUUGUAAUUUUUUUUUUUUUUUUUUUUUUUUUUUUUUUUUGAACGAUCAAUAACUGUCUUCCAUCAGCGCUGUUGGCUGCUGUUACACUGUCCUUGAAUUACUGUCAUCUAAUGUUGUUCUUUCCUUCAUGUGUUUUACUCCUUUCGUACCUGCAAAACCCCAAAAGGACAGAACCACAUGCAAGAUUGUUUGACAGGCGGCUGUCUCUUGGGGAACACAAACAGACCACUAGCACUCAUUUAGGAUGGUUGAGGUACUCUGUUCACAAUAAUAGUGGUAAUAAUAAUCACGUUACUGAGGAUUGUGAUGACUUGACUAAAAUGAAAUCAUUACAGCUGAUGAUUUUAUACCUCUUAUUACUGGUGACCGAAGCAGGGAUAUCAAAUAGUGACUUUAUGUAGCUUGACUGAUGUGGCUAGCGUUAAGAAACGCCUCAAAUAGUCCCCUCGCCUUUUUUUUUUUUUUUUUUUUUGCAUUACAGAAUUGCUAUUUUCCUCUUGGGAGACAAUUUUCUCCAGACAAACCUAAUGGCAUAGGCAAUGAUGUCUGUGUCUGGACCGUGCACACAGUGUAUUUCUGAACUCUUGAAGUUGGUCAUUUUGUAUUGUUUCAAUAACGGUAAGGACAGGAGAUCCAAAGAUGCUAUGAAUUCAAAUCAAAGUUUAUUCAUCACAUCCAGAUUGUGCACAGCCUAUCAGUUUACUUGUGUUUUGAACUCAUCCUAUGCCCUGCAGUAAUGUUCAUUGUUUUAUUUUAUGAUUUUCUGCGGAACUGAAAUAUGAUUUCCGAUUCAAUGUGUGAAGCCCGCUCAAACACUGUUAAGCCUCAAAUGGGAUCCUAUUUGGCUUGAAUAAUGCCAGCCAUCAAUCGGUCAGUGGUUGCCACCAUAAAGUUCUCUUGACACUUUUUUUUUUCUUUUCUUUUGGGCUCCUUGCUGUAUAUUCCUGAAAGUAUUUAUUUUGUUUACAUACAGUUAAUAACACUAAAUUAUUUUCCUCUCCCUUGGUGUUUUUUUUUUUUUUUUUUUUUUUGCAUGUAAAUUUUUGAUAUUGUUUUCUUUUCGCCCCCUUUUUGUCACCAUGCCAAAUUUGUAGCUAAUGAUCUUUUUCUCUCCUGUCUUAUUUUAUUACAGAUUCAUGUGAUCUGAUACACAGGGCUAUACCUGUCCAUUUUGACUUUAUUAUUGAUUAGGAAAAACAAUAAAAAUGCUGAUAUCAGUGUG